AUGCCUGGAUUACUGCUCGACACGGAUCUGGCAGCGGCUCAGCAUGCGUUCAAGGGCCCAGAACCAGCAAGGGAAUUGGGGUUUACGGUGUUACAUCAGAAGCUGGAGCUGGAAAUCGAUUUCACAACCCAGAGCUUGACGGGUCGGACUGAGAUUACAAUCGUACCGCAAACAAGGGAUCUCAAGACGAUUAGGAUUCAUGCGCGGCAAUGCUCUAUCAAACGUGGCAAGGUGCUGGUGAACGGCCUACCGGCAAAUUUCAACUACGAGGAUCCUAUGAAGUCAUUGGAUAUACCGAAGUAUGUGGAUUGGGGCGCAAACCAGUAUCAUCUACAGAGGGACAGACUGGGCAAGUUGACUGGGGAUAAGAAGGAAAGUGAACUAGAGGAACAUGCUGGGCACGGAAACGGUACACAGGAACUCACGGUUCCUAAGGGCGGCGAUCCAAAGGACCAUACUGCGCUGGAAAUUGCAAUACCAAAGGGCGUUCGUGUGGAGGAGAUAGACCUGUUCUCCGAGGGUGCUGCCACUCCACUUGGGCAGAGAUCCUCAAUGGGAGUUGCGGCUCGAAUGUCGGUGGCGGACAACAUGUUGACCCCUAAGACGGCGACAGAGCCAGCCGGACGCUUUCAACCGUUGACGGUCAGCAUCGAGUUCUCUACCAACUACUGGCGAGAUGGAUUGCAAUUUGUAGGCUUGGCUGAGGGGGAUGCCCGAUUUCCAUAUGUGUAUUCAAAACACUGGAUUGACUCUGGAACUGCUUCCUGCAUUUUCCCUUGCGUCGAUGAUCCCGCUAUGAGAUGUCUCUGGGAUGUUACCAUUAAAUGCUCAAGGAUGCUAGGGGAUGCGCUCAAGAGGAAGCCAGCGGCUGUACGCCACCAUAAAGGGGCACUACCUGGGAAGAAAGAUCUUCCCGCCGGGACUGCAAGCACUCUUAAAGAAAUUGAAGAAUUUGCAGUGCCCCUCAGUGAGGAGGAGAAGCUGUUAGAGAUGGUGGUUGUGUGCUCCGGCGAGCUGACAGAUGAAAGCGUGGAUCUCGACGAUAGCUCAAAGAAAAUUGUCAAAUUUCAGUGCAAUAGGGUUGUGGCUCCGCAACACAUUGGCUUUGCAAUUGGCCCUUUCGAGCAAGUCGACCUUUCAGAGUUCCGCGAGGAUGAGGAUGGCGAGAAGUUGGGGCAGGGUCAGGCGGUACAAGUUGUGGGUUACUGCCUACCUGGACGUGCUGACGAGGUUCGCCAUACCUGCGCCCCUAUGGCUCAUGCUCUCGACCACUUCAGUCUCAGAUUCGGCAUGUAUCCUUUCUCCCAGUACUCACUGGUUUUCGUCGACGACCAAGUCUUCGACGUGGAGCAUACGGCAUCACUCUCCUUAUGCAGUACUCGGCUCCUUAUCCGGGAAGACAUCAUAGAUCCCGAAGUCGAGAAUAUCAGGACACUUGUCCAUGCUCUAGCUAGCCAGUGGUUUGGUGUGGGGAUUGUCCCCCAAGACCGUGGUGAUAGAUGGAUCACAAUCGGGCUUUCCCACUACAUGGCCGGCCUCUUCAUGAAAGAUCUGUGUGGGAAUAAUGAAUAUGCUUUUCGGCAAAAAACCCUCACAGACCGCUUGGUAGAACUAGAUAUUUCACGACCUUCGCUAUACGCCCUAGGAGAAGCCCUCCACGUUGGACCUUUCGAACGCGACUUUAUGAAGCUGAAGGCACCACUGGUCUUGUUCAUUCUUGACAAACGCAUCAUAAAGGCUUCCGGCUCUGCGGGCCUCACUCGAGUUCUAUCAAAGCUCAUCAUAGCAGCGAACACGGGCCAACCAGAGGAGAGCGCCUUGAACACCAGAGAUUUUCGUCGCCUGGUAGAUAAGGUCACAAAAUACAGACAGACAGAGCCCUUUUGGAACCAGUGGAUUCUUGGGUCCGGGUGUCCAAGGUUUUCUAUAAGCCAGAAGUUCAACAAGAAAAGGCUUGUUGUCGAAAUGACAAUCAGCCAGAAACAGGAUACGCUGCCUACUCAGCGAAGCCUCAAGAAACCCUGUUUUACCCGAAUGCUCAAGGAGGAACUUCAUGGCGUAUGGGCAGGCGAUUUACAGCCUGUUUUCACUGGUCCCAUGACCAUUCGUAUCCACGAAGCUGAUGGUACUCCUUAUGAGCAUAUUGUGGAGAUUAGAGAGGGGGUUCAAAAGAUUGAGAUCCCCUAUAAUACGAAGUACAAGCGCCUGAAGCGGAGUCGACGGCAAAAAGAGCGCUUGGCUGGAGCAGCGGUCGAUAUUUCCGGCGAGGGCGGAGAUGAUGCUCUUUAUUACUGCUUAGGAGAUGUCCUUCAAACGCCAGCUGACGUAGCAGAAUGGGGGCUCGCCGACUGGGAUGCAGAAACAGAGGCGCGGAUGGACCAGGAGUCUUACGAAUGGAUACGAAUCGAUGCGGAUUUUGAAUGGUUGUGCGAAAAGUCGUUCACCAGCAUGCCCUCUUACAUGUACAUUUCUCAACUUCAGCAAGACCGAGAUGUCGUGGCCCAGCAAGAGUCAAUGCUGUUUUUGUCGAACACGGUACCACACAACCUGGUGUCUACGUUUCUCGUUAGGACCCUCAUGGAUACUCGGUAUUUCCAUGGCAUCAGGACUAUGGCUGCCGGACUACUACAAAAACAUGCGGCUCUUAAGACUGGUUGGAUAGGUUUGAAGCAUCUCGAAAAGGCGUAUCAUGAAUUCUUCUGCUAUCCGGAUUCCAAGAUGGCUCGUUCAAACGACUUUACCGACAAGAGGGCCUACUGGGUUGAGACUUCCAUUCCCAAAUCUCUGGCACAGAUUCGCGACACCAGAGGAGAUUGUCCCAAAGAAGCUAGGCAACUUAUUCUCGAUAUGCUGCGGUUUAACGACAAUGGGAAUAAUGAAUACUCCGAUAACCACAAGGUCGCCAACCUGCUAUCAUGCCUUGCAGACUCUCUGAUUCCUGUUCGCGAAGAGGGGGCGGGGGAGGUGUUUAAGGGCGAUGACGAAGAGGAAGAGGAUGAACCGAGCCAAUUCAAAACGAUUGUCCUAGAUGAAUUAGACCGAUAUCGUCGUAUGGAUGAGUGGAUAGAUUCGUACCAAAACAUCUAUACUACGACGGUGUUAGACUGCAAGAGACGUCUUAUGAAAGCCAAGGUCAUACCCAUCGAACCAUUGGACUUCGCUCAAUACCUUCAUGAUGGCACAUCAGAUUUUGUUCGUAUCAAGGCAUUCGAGGCUCUGAUGGACCUUGGCUUUCUCACGAAUAAUGCCGUUGCAAGUCUUCUCCUGAAUGUUUUAAGCACCGACUCCUCACCCUACACCCGCCACCAUCUCUUCGAGAGGCUCUUCCUUGGACUGGCCACUGUUGCCUCUGGAGAAAAUAAACCGAUUGAGCCCCCUCCACCCGCACCGAAUGGAGAUGUCGAAAUGCAAACCGAGGAGGAUGGAUUGAUUGUUCAGGAUGCCUCGACGGAGGCGAGACAAGCCCAUAUUGCGCGUACUACAAGCAUUUUCGGAGCUGUUGCUGCUUUGAAGGAGGAUUUGAAGGGUAACGCGGCCAUCAAAACUGCAUUAUGGAAGGCUAUUAAGUCUUCGGUCAUUGGAGUUUACGAGCAGAGGGAUCUACUUGAUAUUUGCAACAUUCUUUACGAGGCGGUGGAGUCCAUGAUUGUCAAGCUGAAACUACCGUGCUUCUGGAAGGUGGAAUAUCUUGGGAAGGGUCACUUGGUAUUCAAGCAGACAGGCAAGGUCCGAAAGGCACCCAGAAAGCCCAUUCUGAACGUAAAACCACCAAAAGUCUCGCUAGGGACCGCAGCUCCUCCAGCUCGCCCCGCUCCUCCACAAGUCCGCCUUAGCUUUACAAGUAAUGCUGGGGCUAUGAGACCGCCCAAGCGUCCUUUACCAGUCGAAGCAACUCCAAGCUCAGAGGGCCCACCUGCUAAAAAGAGGAUCGUGAAACUCAAAGUCCCUUCAGCAAAGCUUCUACAGAUCCAAAGCCUGCCACCAAAACCGACAAUCAAGCGCGAGAAAUCAUCACCGUCGUCACAAAGUUCUUCUACGCCUCGACCUUCACCUAAAGUCUCGCCAGUAAUCUCCGUGGCUUCUGUUGCAGCAUCGACAACCUCGGCCUCAUCUGCCCCAGCAUCACUAGCAGUUCCCCCAUCGACACCGGGUGACGCUUCACGGGUGAAAGUGCGAAAGCCGCUCCCUGAUUCGGCUGGUGGUCGCAAACCGCUCCCCGGUGCUCCGCCAAAACCGCGAACAGAGUCAGCACCAGUACCCUUGGUCAAGAAGACGACGCUUAAGUUGAAAUUGAAAACCCCAUCAUCUUCGCAACCUCCACCCUCCUAA